CCCUUUGGACAUCGUUUGGCUGGUCUGCUUUAAGAUCUUGUUCUCUCCCGCAGCUCCCGGUGAGCGUUCUCGAACUCUUACGCCUAAAGCCGCAUUUCCCGCAAUACUUGAACGUUAGAUAACUUAGAGAAGCAACCGCGCCGACUUUAUGAACCUUCUCAAAGACGUACGUCGGACUGCUCCAGAGUCUGAUCUAUCAUUCAUGUCGACGAGUCCACAAUAUCAAUCAAGGAUCAACGUAAUAACCGGGACGUUUUGGGUACGCUGCAGCGAGCCAUACCGCACUAGUUACUCCUACUACACCAAUUGCUAUUAUCCUCUCGUUGUCCUCUCGCAAUUUCAAUCUCACACUAGUCAAUUUGGUCAUUUUGGCUUCAAACUAGGCGGCUAUGCAUUUGGACGAGCUUACUUCCCAAAUGCUAAGGUACUUAUUGGUACCAUAUCGCUGGUUACGAACCCUCAUUCAAGUUAUACUUGGAUCGCCAAGGAACUUGGAUGGCCAGUCACCGGCACCCGUCCCUAAAACCGACCGGGCUCGGGUAGCCUGGAUCAAUGCAAUACAGAAAUUCGACGCACUGGAUCAGGAAGUGGAUACACUAUCAUCUCCCAGGCCUGUUCCAACAAGGCUAAUCAACAUCUUCACGGGACAAAUCGAAACUAUCCAGAAUGAUAUCACGAAGCGCUAUGUCAUUGCAUCCUACCUUUGGAAUCCAGACAGAUUUUCUGACACUCCAGAACACUAUUCUGGUUUAUACAACGACAUACCCCGGGCACCCACAUUCGACGAUUGGUUCCGUUUGACUUGUCUCAUGCAUCCAAACAUCGUUCAAGCAGUUGAUGAAGAGGAAAGGGAAGUGGAUCGUUUGCAAUGUCCGUCGGAAGUGCCAGCGGGGAUAUCGCGGGAAUAUCUGCGAGAAAUAUUUCUCCUUGUUGCCAGGGAAGCUUUGUUGAUGGGUCUUGAGUAUGUCUGGAUAGACAGCAUUUGCGUCAACCAAGCGGAUGCAGAAGAUGUCGCACGUGAGAUACCCAGGAUGAGCGACUACUACAGCAACGCAGCUUGCUGUGUUGCUGUAUCCGAAGCAAUACGCCGGCGCUAUGCUACUACCGAAGGCCCUGCCCAAGAUGACACAGGACCAGAAUCCAGAAGCGACCAAGCUUGGCGCAGGAUUAUAACUUGGAUGAAGGGAUAUCAUGCUAAACGGCUCUGGGUCUUCCAGGAGACGUACUUGUCCAGAAAAGUUGUAGUCCGCGCCAGAAACAUCCGAAUUGACGCCAACGAAUUAGUCAAGACUAGCGACUCGGUUUCGCCCGGCUCUCGUGUCCUUCUCAGCAUAACGAGCGACGAAUUCCCUAUUUCUCUCCCGAUAUCAGAUUGGCAUCGCCCAAUGUCACCUGAACUCUGCUUGCGGUACUGUCGCAAGCGAGACUGCGCAUUCCUUCAUGAUAACAUCUACGGCAUUCUUGGCCUAUUUUCCCCAAAAAUUCGUCACUCGCUUCCGGUAGAUUAUCAGCUUUCGCCAGGCAUCAUUCUCGCCAUAUUUGCCUACUUGAGGAUUCGAGACGGGGAUUUAUCUGCUCUACUUACGCUCCAACAUGAAAUUUACGAAAGGGAUGAACCCGGUCUCGGCGUCUCGUGGAUGCCUAGUGGCUUUGGCUGGCAGCCAAGGGAUAUCUUUGGCGUUACGCCACAUGCAGAACUCUUGCCUCAUGUUGACCUUCAGGGCAUACUGCACAUGUCCAUGUACAGUCUCGAAGUACAGAAAGUUGGGGAAAGCUUGAGUUUUGCGUCUAUUGCAGUAGAGCAUGAUGAUCUCAAUAUUGAGAUUCACCUCAUGCCACGCUAUGCCGAGCUCUUCCCUAAAAGGCCACCUCAGACCGGAAUAUAUAUUAUCGGGGGGAUAUUGGAGCCUUCCAAUAGUGGCCGCGACCCAGCUGUCUUUGGUCCACCUAGCUUGCGACAGCAAAUUGCAAAUAAGGAGCGCGAGGAAAGACAGGCGUUCUUGAAUCGGAAAGCGGAAAAGGGACAUGGCGAAGUUGUACUGGCGACCUUUGGGGAACAGAGUUGGUCGUUUGAAGGUGUCCCCAACUGGUGGUUCUGGCUUUUACUGGCAACCGAUGAUGAAGGAAAGACAUGGAGAAGAUUCGGAAUAGCUAUCAGCCACGAAGUUAAGACUGACUCAAUCGCACGAAAGAGAUUUAGUAUUCGGUGAUAUGAAAAUACAAAUCACUACUGUGUAGAUUAUCCUGUAUACGUGGAGAUUCGGAGUACUUGCUAGAAAUAAUCUUGAGUCAUUUUUUCAUGUAGAACCCUGACUCCGGACUGGGAGUCCCACUGUAGACUCGUGACCAGUCCAUCUAUCAGGCAAGCCAUCGAUAGGUCCCACUGUGGGAGAGCCGGAGGACAUUGACACUGCCCAAUUAGGACAAAGCUUGAAAUUACUCCUC